AUGCGUCUGCUUCCACUAACCGGUCAUCGAAGAACGCAGGCCGAGACGGUCAAGGUGUUCGACGUGAACCCACCGCGAGCGACGAUCGCGGUGCACGGCUGCCAGCCGGUGGUGGUCACCUUCACCCCCACCGGCCUGCAGACGUUCGUGAACGUGCUGGAUAUCCAGAUAGAGGAAACCACUGGAAUCGACCGUGCCAAGGGCAUCACGUUUGAGGUGGUGGGCGAGGGCACGCUGCCGCGGGUGGACGUGCUGGAGCCGUCGGAGGUGAACCGGCAGCAGGAGCCACUGCUCGGCUUCCUCUCCACCCGGCUGGGUGACAGCGCCGUCCGCACCGUGCGCCUGCUCAACGCUGGGCCCAUCGAGUGCGUGGUGGAUCUACUGCUGCCGGAGGGCCGGGACGUAUUCGAAGUGGUGCCGGACGAGGAGACUCUCCCGCUCACCGUCAGGGGCCAGGAGCACGGCAUGAUCAGUGGCAGCGGGUACGUGCUGGGUACGCUGCGCCUGCCUACCAUGCCGGUAGUGUUCCGGCUAGCAGAGCGCUGCAUGCAGGCGGCAGACUCGCAGGCCAACGGCUGA